CCGAGGCGGAGGUGGGGCGGGGUGGGCGCGCGGCCAGGACGGCGGGCGCGGGCUGGAGGAGCCCCGCUCCCUGGCCUGCCCAUCCCCGAGUCGCGGCUUCUUGUCCCGGUGGCGUCUCCGAGCGUCCUGCUGACGCAGAGGAGCCCAGUGCUCGAGCCCCUGCUUUCCAGCCGAAAGGGUAGUUACUGCCCCGCCUCCGUGACUUGACAAAUGCUUAGCUUUAACCAGGGUGUAAAAAUAGAAAGGCUAGUGCAGCCGGGCUGGUUCAUAAACCACGGAAUUGUAGCCUAAAUGUUCUAAUCUCUAAAGUUAACUGUAGUGUUAGGGUUAAAUUUUACUGAUGUGUUCAGCUAAUUCAAGGGCAUACCCUCCUAUCGAUAUUCCCCCAUCCUAAAAUCAGAUCGUAUUUGAUCUAUAUCACAAAAUCUAAUACGUAAUUGUUUGUUACCAUAUUUCACCUUUAAAAAUGUGUGAUCCAGCAUGUCCUAAGCUUUUUGAGACUUGAGAUUGACCUUCUUUGCUUCUUUUGUGUCUCCGUGAUAUCUGACAUGUUUUUGAGCACGUUGUAAGCAUUUACUAAAUACUUCUUGGUUAAUUCCUCGGUAGACUCAUUUAUCCACAAGCAGAAAGCUUUGUCUCUUAAUACCCAGCUCAUGACAGAGCCCAUAGUAAGUGCCUCGGUGUUUGUUGAAGAAAUUCAGUGAAUACCAAAUUUGAUCAAAUGGCAAAUAUCCAUUGUGUAUUGUGUGUGUGAGGAAGAUUUGCCCCGAGCUGGCAUUCGUUGCCAGUCCUCCUCUUUUGCUUGAGGAAGAUUGGCCCUGAGCUAACAUCUGUGCCAGUCUUCCUCUACUUUGUGGGAUGCUUCCAUAGCCUGGCUGAUGAGCAGAGCAUGUCUGCACUAGGCGUCUGAACCUGUGAACUCCAGACCACUGGAGUGGAGGGCAGGGAACUUUAACCACUUGGACCUGGGGCCGGCCCCUCCAAUAAUAUUUUUAUUUAAAUCAACUCAUAAUUAAUAAGAAUUUUUUAAAUAUUUUAUUACUACCUUAAAUGAAAACAGUUGCCAUAGAAAGUAACUAAAAAUAAAUUUUUUAAAAUCAGUGUUAUUACAAGUUUUACAGACAUAUUAAAGACAGACUUUUCUCCUUGAUGCACCCAAGAUUGAAAUAAUUGAAAAGGAAAUUUCUCAGUAUGUGAUUCAUGUUAAUAUUGAAUUCUUUUGCUUCUAAAAUAACUUCUUACAGUGUUAGUGGUAGGAAUUCUUCAGAAUGGGAAACAGUGAAUAAGGAAAGAAGAAGAUACUUAAAGGAACUCUGAACUACAGUACCCAGUUGUAGUGAGCUUUUUGCUAAGCUGUUUCAGCCCAGAAUGGCUGUGGAAUCCAGAGCAAUUUCAACCCUGGUACCUCAGAAUCCUCAGGAACAAGAACUAAUACUGGUGAAAGUAGAAGAAAGCCUUUCCUGGGGUCAGAAAUUUAAACAGAAUGGGAGCACCCAAUCCUGCCAAGAAUUGUUUCGCCAGCAAUUCAGGAAGUUUUGCUACCAGGAGACACCUGGGCCCCGGGAGGCUUUGGGCCGACUCCAGGAGCUUUGUUAUCAAUGGCUCAUGCCAGAGGUACACACUAAGGAGCAGAUCCUGGAGCUGCUGGUCCUGGAGCAGUUCCUGAGCAUCCUGCCUGAGGAGCUGCGGAUCUGGGUUCAGCAACAUAGUCCAAAAAGCGGCGAGGAAGCUGUGACUCUCUUGGAGGAUUUGGAGAGGGAAUUUGAUGAUCCAGGGCAGCAGGUCCCCACUAGUCCACAGGGACCAGCAGUACCAUGGAAAGAUUUGACAUGUCUUGCAGCAUCCCAAGAUUUAACAGACAUCCAACUCCAGCCUUUAAAGAUGCAGCUGAAACCCUGGGAACCUUGCCUUUCCCCGAAAAGUGAUUGUGAGAACGAUGAAUCAGUGACAAAGGACAAUUUGGGAGAAAAAUCACAAGGACUUCGCCAGGGACCUUCAUUUGGAGCAGUUAGUGAACAUGAAAGCAAUUUAAAGUGGCAGCAAGGAAGUCCUACAGUGGAGCGAUUAAGAAAAUCCCCUUUCCAAGGGGGCAGUUUUAGUCAAGUAACCUUCACACACAAAUCUCUGGGAAAGAGAGACCACCAUGAUGAGUCUGAGAGAAGCUUGAUUUUAAGCACAAACUCGAUAACGUAUCAGAAAGUUCCUACAGAAGAGAGACCCUAUAGAUGUGACGUAUGUGGGCACAGCUUCAAACAGCAUUCCUCUCUAACGCAACAUCAGAGAAUCCAUACCGGAGAAAAGCCCUAUAAAUGUAACCAGUGUGGAAAGGCCUUUAGUUUGAGGUCAUAUCUUAUUAUUCAUCAGAGAAUUCAUAGUGGUGAGAAAGCAUAUGAAUGUAGUGAAUGUGGGAAAGCCUUCAAUCAGAGCUCAGCCCUCAUUAGACAUCGGAAAAUUCAUACUGGUGAGAAAGCUUGUAAAUGUAAUGAAUGUGGCAAAGCAUUCAGUCAAAGUUCAUAUCUCAUCAUACAUCAAAGAAUUCACACUGGCGAAAAACCCUAUGAGUGUAAUGAGUGUGGGAAAACCUUUAGCCAGAGCUCAAAGCUUAUUAGACACCAGCGAAUUCAUACAGGAGAGAGACCUUAUGAAUGUAACGAAUGUGGAAAAGCUUUCAGGCAGAGCUCAGAGCUGAUUACCCAUCAGAGAAUCCAUAGCGGAGAGAAACCCUAUGAAUGUAAUGAGUGUGGAAAAGCCUUCAGUUUGAGCUCAAACCUCAUCAGACAUCAGAGAAUUCAUAGUGGAGAGGAACCUUAUCAGUGUAAUGAAUGUGGUAAAACCUUCAAAAGGAGCUCAGCCCUUGUGCAGCAUCAGAGAAUCCAUUCUGGAGAUGAAGCUUAUAUAUGUAAUGAAUGUGGAAAGGCUUUCAGUCGUAGUUCAGACCUUAUUAAACAUCAACGGGUCCACACUGGUGAGAAACCUUAUAAAUGUCAUGAAUGUGGGAAAGCCUUCAGUCAGAGCUCAGAUCUUAUUAUACAUCAGAGAAUCCAUACAGGAGAAAAACCCUAUCAGUGCAGUCAUUGUAGUAAAAGUUUUAGCCAGCGCUCAGACCUAGUUAAACAUCAGAGAAUCCAUACUGGAGAGAAGCCUUAUACAUGUAACCAGUGUAACAAACAUUUUAGUCAGAGUUCUGAUGUUAUAAAACAUCAAAGGAUCCACACUGGGGAGAAACCAUAUAAAUGUGACGUGUGUGGAAAAGCCUUCAGUCAGAGCUCAGAUCUUAUUCUGCAUCAGAGAAUCCACACUGGGGAGAAACCAUAUCCAUGUAAUCAGUGCAGCAAAAGUUUCAGUCAGAACUCAGACCUUAUUAAACAUCGAAGGAUCCACACUGGAGAGAAACCCUAUAAAUGUAAUGAAUGUGGGAAAGCCUUUAAUCAGAGCUCGGUCCUUAUUCUGCAUCAGAGAAUUCACACUGGAGAGAAACCCUAUCCAUGUAAUCAGUGUAGCAAACCCUUCAGUAGACUUUCAGAUCUCAUUAAUCAUCAACGAAUCCACACUGGAGAGAAGCCUUACCCAUGUAACCAGUGUAGUAAAAUGUUUAGUCGAAGAUCAGAUCUUGUUAAACAUCAUAGAAUUCAUACAGGUGAGAAACCCUAUGAAUGUGAUGAGUGUGGGAAAACCUUUAGUCAGAGCUCAAACCUUAUCCUACAUCAGAGAAUCCACACUGGGGAGAAACCCUAUCCAUGUAGUGACUGUACUAAAAGCUUUAGUCGGCGUUCAGAUCUUGUUAAACACCAAAGAAUACACACUGGAGAGAAACCAUAUGCCUGUAAUCAGUGCAAUAAAAGUUUUAGUCAAAGCUCGGACCUCACUAAACAUCAGAGAGUACACUCUGGGGAAAAGCCCUAUCACUGUGAUAGUUGUGAGAAAGCCUUCAGUCAGAGUUCUGACCUUAUUCUUCAUCAGAGAAUUCACACUGGAGAAAAACCCUAUGCAUGCACACAGUGCGGCAAAAGUUUCAGCCAGAACUCAGACCUUGUCAAACACCAGAGAAUCCACACUGGGGAAAAACCAUAUAAGUGUAGUGAGUGUGGGAAGGCUUUCAGUCAGUGCUCAGCUCUCAUCUUACAUCAGAGGAUCCACACUGGAGAGAAACCAUAUCCAUGUGAUCUAUGUGGCAAAAACUUUAGUCGGCGCUCUGAUCUCGUUAACCAUCAAAGAGUCCACACUGGUGAAAAUCCAUAUAAAUGUGAUGCAUGUGGGAAAGCCUUCAACACAUGCCCUGAUAUUAUUGAACACCGGAGAAUCCACAGUGGGGAGGAGCCCCACAGGUGUGUUCAGGGCCGCAGAAGUUUUAGCCAACUCUCUGAUCUUAUUAGUCAUGACAAAGUCGGUUCUGGGGAAGACAGUGUAAAAGAGAUGAAUGUGGGAAAACCUUUAGUGUGUCCACCAACUUUACUCAGUACCAGAGAUGCUAUACCAGAAAAAAAUCUUAUGAAUGCUAUUGAUGAUUAUGAAAAAGGUUUUAAUCAAGGCUCAACUCUUGUGCUACAUUAAAAACAAAAACCCACACUGGAGAGAAAACACAUUAAUUCGUUUUUUAUAAUGAAAGUUUAACUCAGAGCUCAAACAUUACUAAACUUCGGGAAAAUUCUGAGGAGGAAUCCUGUGAGUUGUGAGAAAACCUUCAAUGUGAAUAAAAAUUUUACAGAAUAUCAGCAACAAUGGAAAGAAAUUCCUAUCUGCUAUAAUGUUAAGAAAAGUUCUAGUCUUUUAUUCAAACAAUCCACAAGAGGAGAGUUUUGUCAUUGUAAGAAAUGUAUAACAUUAAUGCAGAGCCUUACCAGAUAUUGUAAAAACCAGUGUGGUGGGUGUGCAGGAGAUUCAUUAGUGUUAGAAUCUCAAGCCUUUAGUGAGCCCAAGUUACCUAUUGCAUAUCAGAGAAACUAUUUUAGGGAAUGUAGGCAAAACUGAAAUCCCUUUCAUAUCUUAAUUGGCAUUCACUCUGAUAUCACACUUGUCUCCUGACAGCUGGAGAGUCCUACCUUAUGCUAAUACUAGUUAUCAUUAAAUUCCCUGUGUGUGAACAUGCUAUGCUAUUCUGGUAUUAAACUUACUCACUAUAUAACUCCAGUGCCCCAUUUUCUCAGGAUUUUUUUUUUGGCCUAGUUUUAGUUUUCCUAGUGAGCAUGAGUUUGCAAGUUCCUGUGAUGUUCACAGCAAAUAUGAAUCUAUUUAGCUGUCAAUAGUAGAGCCCAUAAUCUUUACUGGUUUGAAAUCACUUCUUCAAUUCUGCUAUUUAAUCAGUUUCUAAAUAUGCGAAACAAUUUUUAAAACAAAUCCAUAUGUCAAAAUGUGAAGAUUUCUCUGCUGCUCUGUUUAUCUUGUCAUCUAUAGAUUGAACAAAAAUGGUAGCUGAAGUAAUACCUACAUGACUAAUUUGUAUAGUAUAAUCUGUCUUAAAAUAAAAGGACCUAUUAUCUUUUUUUCAA